AGACUCUCGCUCACUCUCUCAGCUGAGUAACCCAAAGACAGACUCUAACAAGCACCACACAGGUUUAACAUCACCAGAGAGAGCAGACAAUCAACAAGGGACGGACUUUCAAGCACCAUCAAGAAAGGAGAUCUUGGAAAGUCGGUCAAGGAGUUUUACCGUGAAUGGAAAACUUCAUGCUUGAAGAUGAAACUGAUCAAAAGUGGAUUACACUGAUCUGCACAAGUGGUAAAAUCUCAUCUGGAAUGCUCUCAUUGAUGUGACCGUCCUGGAGAAUAUAGACAAGAAUUUCCAGAUCUUUCUUUUGAAGCCUAGAUUUAUCUUUAAAUUGAUUUGGGAAGUCCCCGAUCAUGGCUGGGGAGAGACUUAUUCACCUGCUGAGGACAAUCUGGAUGGUAUUUCUCAUGCAAGUUCUGUCUGUGAGAGGCAGUAAGCUUUGGGAAGUGCCCACUGCUCCUCUUGUACCCCACACCAACCUCAGCACCCGACUGUUCUGGGAGCCACAGUGUCAGGCUCAGCUGCGCCACCUUCAGAACGAAGGGAGAAUUACCGCCACAAUACCACCGAAACUAGAGGGCCACUGGGUGUCAAGCAGAUGUGAAGUGCGGCCUGGUCCAGAAUUCCUCACUCGAUCCUACACACUCUACCAAAGCCCCACGCGUCUCUUCAGGGCCCUCCAACACUAUUACUCCGACAGCGAGUGCCACGUCCCAACCUACUCUCUUGUGAUAAGGGGUAAACUGCGGCUCCGUCAGGCCUCGUGGAUCACCCUUGGAGCCACCGAAGCAGAGCACCACCUCCAUAAAGUAGGGAUGGUCAUUCACAGUCAGAAGGCCAUCCAUCAUCUGGCGACCCGCUUGCCCUCCUCCUGCCUGGGACUCAAAGCUGAAGGACACCUGGUGCUCCAUCGCUUCUAUGAACUCUUCAAUGCCAAAGCAGAGAAAGACUGUCUGGGUGCUCUUGGGUUCUCCAUGAUGGAGCUGGAGUUGCUGCGGGUGGAGACGCAUCAUCAUCCACACGGCAGACCGGCUCAGGAGCUGUUCUUAGGGGAUGUUCACACAGACUGGAAUGAAAGAGUGCACUAUAGGCCAAGUGGUUACCAGGAGCCAUUACAAAAUGCAAUGCAUCACAUCCACCCAUGCCCGGUGUGCGGCCUGGUAUAUCGAGCCUCAGAGCAGCAUCCGCCCAUUCUCCCUCCAUCCCCUUCCAUCCCUUUGAAUCUAAAUGGAAACUGGGUAAGCCAACGCUGCGAGUCCCGUCCCGCCGUCCUCUUCCUCACCCGCCUCUUUGCUUUCAACGAGGAGCAACGCACUUGGGAGGGCACAUAUCACCACUACUCUGACCCAACGUGCCGCCAGCCCAGCUUUACACUAUCAGCAUCAGGUAAUUACGUUAAAGUGGGACAGUCCAUAAAAGUACGUGGAGCCACCGAACUUGUCUUCAAAGUGACACACGCAAAAGUAAUCGUGUUCGACCGGGCGUUGUUAAGAGAAUUGAAUUCAACGCAAAAUGGAAGAUGUGGACAAGCAGGUGGAUGGGAAGCAGGCAUUGAGCAAGACAUAACCUGGACGAACGGUUGCGAUGCAUUGGGGAUACGACUUCCACACAAAGAGUAUGAGCUGUUUAAGAUGGAGGUGGAUCGUAAAGGUCAUCCACUGUUAUUCAAUGGGGAAAGGCCAACGGAUGGAUCCAGCCCGGAACGACCUGCAAAAAGGCCAACGUCAUUUCAGACACCAAUGGUGCAAUGCAGCACAAGCGUCAGGGUGGAGCCACACCACAGUCCCUACAGCGAUCAUUCAAAAGGACCCAAGAAAAGCUCUGCUAAUGCACUGCACUCUUCGGUGAUCCUGCUGUCGCUUCUGAACGCAUGGAUUAUUCAUCUUUUCUAAAAUAUGACAAGCCAUUCACAUGCAUUGUUCAAUUUUAUGGACUUACAAUCUAGAGGUGGAAAAACUAGAGAAGGAUUAUUGACUUAGGUGCUACGACAAAACGCUUGCUGCAAAUGCUCUGAAAUAAGACUUUUAUCUGAAGAGAGUUUCAUUUAGCAAAAAUGUACAUAGAAAAUCUUUUUAAUCAUAUAUUAUAUCAGCAUUCAUUUUGAUGUCUAUUGUGUUUGAUAUUUGAAUUAAUAAAGAUAAAUGCCACAUUUAAAACGCAAUUGUUCUGUAGAAUAUACAGUUGAAGUCAGAAUUUCUAGCCCCCCUGAAUUUUUAGCCCCCCUGUUUAUUUUUCCCCCCAAUUUCUGUUUAACAGAGAGAUUUUCUCAACACAUUUCUA